GGCGACGGCGCGGGCCUCCAUCCCCCGGUGGCGCCGAGUGCUGGAGAGGCCGGCCUCUCGCGGCGCCGGCGACGGUCCGGGGCGCGGACACUGGAGAGCGGCGAGGGGCGCGCGAGGCCGCGGAGAGGGCCUCGGGUCGGGACGUUGCCGGCACUCAGCGAGGGUGCCGCGGAGAAACGCCGUGCCUCGCGGCGGCGUCACUACCCCGGCCGGAUUCGAAUGUCAAUCCGUUGUUCGGGGCACCAUGACGCUGAGGCUCUUGGAAGACUGGUGCCGGGGGAUGGAUGUGGACCCUCGGAGGGCGGUGUUGGUUGCCGGCAUCCCCCCGACCUGCACGGUGGCGGAGAUCGAGGAGGCUCUGCGGGCCGGUUUGGCGCCCUUGGGCGAGUGCAGGCUGCUCGGGAGAAUGUUCCGGCGGGAUGAGAACAAGAAUGUGGCCUUGGUGGGACUGACUGAGGAGACGACUCAUGCUGUGGUCCCUAAGGAGAUACCUGGAAAGGGGGGUGUCUGGAGAGUGAUCUUUAAGCCCCCAGGCCUGGAUAAUGAAUUGUUAAGCAGAUUAAAUGAAUUCUUAGAGGGAGAGGGCACAAGGCUGGGGGAGCUGACCAGAGCUCGAGGGUAUGGAAACGACCCUUUUGACCUAGGCCAGAACAUGAUCCCAGAGGUGCAGGCCCCUGUGUUGGCCCGGGCCUUAGAGGAAGCCCUUCAGCCUGUUCUGCAGUACCUGAGAUACAAAAAACUGAGGGUGUUCUCGGGCAGUAACCCUCCAGAGCCAGGAGAAGAAGAAUUCGAAUCCUGGCUGUUUCAUACUACUGAGAUGAUGAAGACAUGGCGGGUGUCGGAUUUGGAGAAAAGGCGGCGAUUGCUAGAGAGCCUUAGAGGCCCAGCAUUGGAUGUUAUUCGUGUCCUCAAGACAGACAAUCCCUUCAUUACAGUCGCUGAAUGCCUGCAGGCUCUUGAGCAGGUAUUUGGGGUGAUUGAUAAUCCUAGGGAAUUGCAGAUCAAGUAUCUGACCACUUACCAGAAGGAUGAAGAGAAAUUGUCUGCUUACGUGCUAAGGUUGGAGCCUUUAUUACAGAAACUGGUGGAGAGAGGAGUAAUUGAGAAGGAUGUUGUGAAUCAGGCCCGCCUAGACCAAAUCUUAGCUGGAGCCCUCUGCAGAACGCUUCGCAGGAAGCUGGCCCUGCCGCAGGACGGCCCAGCCCCUGGCUUACUGCAGCUGCUGGAGCUGAUAAAGGAGGAAGAGGCAGCUGAGGAGGAGGAGGCCCUUCUCCAAGAAGGGCAUUUGUCCUGAGUCUUAGGCAACCAGGAAGAGAGAGCUGGCAGCAAGCAGAGCAUGAAGGUAGAGCAGCGCGUGUACUCAUGAUAGACGUUGCUCAGUCCCUUCCUGGCGCGGCCGAGGAGCUCAUUCUGUACAGUUCUUUGUCUAAAUCCUUUGCCAUUUCUGGGCCUGUUUCGUGUCUCCCAAAGGUGUCCUAGACUAGGAAGAAUGUAGUUCUGCACUAGUAUUUAUGAAUAUAGAUUUACUCCUGUGAAUUUAUCAUACAAAAUUGUACAGAGGGUCUGUCGCUAUGUAUGCAUGUGCUCUGAGAGACGUUAGCUCAUGUAGUGUGCAAGGGUAGCGUGUCGGGUGUGAUGAUGUAUCCGAGGUCGUUUUUAGGUGUGCGUUGCCCUAUGUUUAUUAUGAAGAUACGAGCAGUGGCUGAGAUACUAAGUUAUUUUCCGUCUGAAUCACAAUUCUGUUGAUUCUGUACAGUCCAAAUCAGGCAGGAUCAAAUGCUGAGGUUGAUAAGUUUGCAGCUGUCACCUCUAACCCUGGAUUUCUGAUACAUGUCAUAAGAACAUCUGGUUCUGAAUGUCAUUUUAAUAGGUGUUAUAAAAUGAUGUAUGUGAACUUAUAAAAUAAAGGAAUGCUGAUACAAUGA